AUGGUGCAGCGGUCGCAGAGACGUGGGAAGAUCUUCUUGAUGAGCUCGACAACUCCUGCUGAUUCCCCCGCAGCAGCAGCAGCAAAACCAGCAGCAGCAAAACCAGCAGCAGCAGCAGGAAAAAAAGCUGCAGCAGCAGCAGCCAAGGGGUUUGCUGCUGAAAGCACUCCCCUCAGCGACCCCAUUGCUGAACGCCUCCGGACACAAAGGUAA